CCCUAAAUUGAAAAAAUGGAGAGAAAAAGGCACCGUUGCUUCCUUCCUCAGGAAUCCUCCUUCGCUUCUUCAAAAACCCCAUUCCGCGCUCUCUCUCUCUGUCUUUUUUUUUUUCUUAAUCCCCGUCGAGGAAGACGAACAAUCCUCGUGUGAGCGAGAAUGGAUAUCGACGCCGAGAAUCUCUUCCGCGACGACGAUGAAGAUCCCGAGAACGAGUUCUAUGAGGUCAUUCCAGUUCUUUGCUCUGUCGAACUGGCGGUUGUUUUAGUUCUUUUUUCAUCGGAGAAAGAGGCGACAAAGGAAUUCGUGGUUUAUCUUGUCGAUGCGGCGCCUAGCAUGUUUGUGCCGUUUAGAGAUGAGAAUGGAACAAAUAUUACCCAUUUUCAAGUUGCUCUGAACUGUAUCUCCAUGUCAUUGAAGACCCUAAUUGUUAACCGUGAUUAUGAUGAAGUUGCUGUCUGCUUCUUCAAUACUAGGGAAAAGAAGAACUUACAGGAUUUGGGUGGUGUUUUUGUCUUCAAUGUUCUUGAACGUGAUGAUCUUGAUAGGCCGACAGCAAGAUUGAUAAAUGAACUCAGUCAUAUAAAUGAAAGUUUCAUGAAAAGUAUUGGAAGUCGAAGUGGAAUUGUUUCUGGAGCUAGGGAGAAUCCUCUUUAUAAUGCUAUUUGGGUUGCACAAGCAUUAUUGCGUAAGGGAUCUGUGAAAAAUGUUGAUAAGCGCAUAUUGCUUUUCACAAAUGAAGAUGAUCCCUUUGGUUGUUUACAAGGAGCAAUCAAGUCGGAUAUGAAGAGAACUACAUUGCAGCGGGCUAAAGAUGCACAGGAUCUUGGAAUCUCAAUUGAACUCCUUCCUAUGAAUAGGCCAGGCGAGGAGUUUAAUGUUUCUAAAUUCUAUGCUGAAUUACUUGGGCUUGAAGAUGACCAAAUAGCUGAGUUCAUGCCAUCUGCUGUUGAGAAGCUUGAGGACAUGACAGAUCAACUGAGAAGAAGAAUUUACAAGAAGCGAAAAGUUAGAAGGAUCAGAUUUAUAAUAGCCAAUGGCGUGUCUAUAGAAUUGAAUACAUAUGCUUUGAUACGCCCAGCUAUUCCAGGAACCAUUACAUGGCUCGACUCUGUGACCAGUCUUCCUCUUAAGUCAGAACGAUCCUUUAUAUGUGCUGAUACUGGUGCAUUGCUGGUGGAGCCAAUGCAGCGAUUUUUUCCAUAUAAAAAUGAAAAUAUCAAGUUUACGGUGGAUGAGCUAUCUGAAGUGAAGAGGCUUUCAGCUCCAGUUCUUCGCCUUUUAGGAUUUAAACCCUUAGACUGUCUAAAAGAUUAUCAUAAUUUGAGGCCAUCAACAUUUCUUUAUCCAAAUGAUGAGGAAAUAAUUGGAAGCACUUGUGUUUUUGUUGCUCUUCAUAGAGCAAUGAUUCGUCUUGGGAGAUAUGCUGUUGCAUUCUAUGGAAAUUUGUCUCAUCCUCAGUUAGUUGCUCUUCUUGCCCAAAAUGAGGUUACAAGUCCAGGUGGUCAAGUUGAACCUCCUGGGAUGCAUAUGAUUUACCUUCCAUUUUCUGAUGAUAUCAGGCACGUAGAAGAGUUGCAGAUGGAUGAUGAAGAUAACAUUCCUCAUGCAACAGAUGAUCAGGUGAAGAGUGCCACUUCUCUAUUGAAAAGGGUUGACUUGAGAGAUUUUUCUGUCUGCCAGUUUGCAAAUCCUGCUUUGCAGAGGCAUUAUGCGAUAUUGCAGGCACUGGCUCUUGGAGAAGAUGAAGAGCUGCCAGAUGUAAAAGAUGAAACUAUGCCUGAUGAGGAAGGCAUGUCAAAGCCUGGAAUUGUAAGUGCAUUGGAUGCCUUUAAAGUUUCUGUUUAUGGAGAAAAUCAUGAUCUGGAGGAAGCAACAGCUGGUAAAUCCUCAACCAGUGAGGCUUCCAAAAAGCGGAAGGCGAUAGCAGAAACUGCUGCCAAGGAAUCUUCAAAUUAUGACUGGCCUGUACUUGCUGACAGUGGAAAGCUUAAGGACUUGACUGUCUCAGAGCUGAAGUACUACCUAACAGCUCACAAUCUUCCAGUUGCUGGGAAGAAGGAGGCUUUAGUGAGCAGAAUCUUGACACACUUGGGAAAGUAGACCUUUAGACUGCAUUCAUCUGGUCAUAGUCUUGGAAAUUCAGUGCGCUUCCAGCAAGUGUUCGUUGAACUCUCUUGCCUACAGAUCGUCGUGUAUUAAGUUGCUUUUCCAGCAGCUCAGCUAUUUUGAUGCUUGUCUGAAGAAUGUGCAGAAGCUGCAUGCACUUUAGCAGAUCAACGACAAAUGUACAUAAUAACUUGAGGUGUAGCAUAACCAAGUUAAUUUUAUGUUAUUGGCUUUACAUGUA